AGCGUGCGUCGGCAACAUGAAGGCUAAUUGGGCCUUAUAAUGCAGAUGGAAUUUGAAUAUUUCAGUUCAGUUGUCUACCCCUCCAAGCGGCGGUGUACUCAAUAUGGCACGAAUUUUACUCUUCGUUCUUGCGGCAGUUCUCUGCACCGUGAUUGCCGAAAGACUUGAGAAAGAAGUCAGUGGAAUAAAGUUCCUAGCACUUAAGCGCGCUGGCAAGAUAUUCGUGUUUCCCGCGAACAAAAACAAUGGAUCAGGUGUAAUUCUCGAUUUUGACAGCGUAGCAGAGUAUAACGCUGCAGGUCAACUGGUAGAUGGAGGAAGGCGCAAUUUUCAAAACUUUGAAAAACUGGAUUUCAAAUUUUAUGGAGAUAGAGAUGCGACUUUCCAGAAUAUCAGCUGUAGGACAUUUUCCAUGGAGGCGAAAAUCCCAAGCACCAAUGCGACCUUCAGGGUUCAGCUUUUCAUUUUCAAGGAGAACGGGACAUAUGAAUGGGGCGAUGAGGCGAUUGAUGUCACAAGGGGCGCAUUGAAGUUUAACAUAGAGGUGGAGGACUGGAAGUUCUGUGGAUCGGGCAACUUAACCUGCAGAAGAAGCGGCCAAAACGAAGUAGGAGAGUACCUGGAAGUCGUUAUCUGUAUAAAGGGGAGAAAAUCGCCGACAAUGGGGGCUGAACGCCCUCGUAAGAUGAGGAUGGGGAGAAUAUUGAAGAUGGCCCAGCGAUGGAACAUGGGUGGUACAUAUUUGGAGUUACCUUCUGCGGUUGAAAUUGAUGGAGUAAUGAAGAACCAAACAUCCGGGUAUCCUCGGAUGACGCGUGCUAGAGCAGGCUGUUUCGUCAUGCGGUUCCCCAAGUUCAACAGAAAAAUGAUUUAUGACCCGGCGAUUGAGGUGGACCCGACUUAUGAAGAUCCUGAUAGUGGCUCACGGCCCCUCCAGGUGUCACUUGUUCUUGCUUGUGUCUCCCUGUUGGCCGCCUGGCUACACUAGCGCUAGCCUCGCUCUAAAUAAACCAACAUGCCAAGAUACAUUAGAAACUCGCUACACUCGAACUCGAGCUGCCCGUUAAUACUCGAACUCGAGCUCCCCGUCAAUACUCGAACUCAGCUUGGUGCCCUAUUGUCACUCGGAUGACUCAAAAUCAAACCGCAAAGUACAUAACACCCCCACUUCUAUUUUUCGUUUAAGCGAUUCCUUUUUUACGUUAACUGCCUUUAUUAUGUUUUUCUCCUCAAUGUUUAACGGUUAUGAUUCUUAUUUCGGUUGUUCGCUAUUAAUGAGUGGGAUCCAUCAUGCAUAAUACAUGGAAAACAAUAAAACUCAUGAUUUCAAUAAACCUACCAGUUUAUAUAAACUUUCAAUCGACCCAACUCACUCGAACAUAUUUUUUGUUUGGUCUUUAAUAGUUCAAGUUAGCGUAAUUCUACUUGUACAAUAGUUGGUAAAGCAGACCGGGCACGGACGUAAAAGGGGAGUUAGAUAACUAACAACUAGAAAGCCGUACUCACAAAAAAACGACUUAGUAUUAAUUAAUCUUUCACACACUCCCCGAGCGCCCAUACAUUGUAACUUGUAAGCAGUUUAAUUAAAAUCACCAAUCACGAA